CAGCCGACUAGCCCUUAUAAUGCUUGCGCAGACUUAACAGGGCUGCCUCCUCCACACGUGUAGAUUUGCAGCUUUAAUAUCUCUCUGGAGUCUUAUCUUUGGAAGGACCUCAAACCGGAGCCUUUGGCUGACAGAGGUUGUAAGGAAAGGAGAGCGUAUCUUGAAAAGCCAGGCUAAAUCUGAACCUGGUACUAGCCUCCUCUUCCAGGAAAAUCACCAUCACCGGAGAAUGCGCACUUUUAGUUCGAAAGAGGCCUGCCAGCUUCUCUAUAACAAAUUUGUCGUCAUCGUGGGCGACUCGAUCCAGAGGUCGGUGUACAAGGAUCUCGUCCGGCUGCUGCAGACCGAUAGCUUGCUCACCACGUCCCAGAUGAAGGCCAAGGGGGAACUCCGCUUCCAAAAUGACCACUUAAUCGAAGGCGGGGUGGAGGGCGGCUUGCACAACGAGACCCAUUACCGUGAGGUGCGCCAGUACCGCACCGACCACCACCUUGUCCGCUUCUACUUCCUGACGCGAGUGUAUUCCCCUUAUCUGGAAAGCAUCCUGGACGAUUUCCGGGCCGGGCUGCAGCCGGAUGUCUUGAUCCUCAAUUCUUGUGUCUGGGACGUCUCGAGAUACGGCUCGGCCUCCAUGAAGCAAUACCAAGCAAACUUGGAGACGGCCUUUGACAGGCUGGAAGCCGUCCUCCCGUCCUCUUGCCUGGUGAUCUGGAACAUGACGAUGCCGCUGGGUCGCAAGAUCAGAGGGGGCUUUCUUAUACCGGAGCUCCAGCAUUUGAGCAAAACUCUACGCAAGGACGUCAUCGAGGGCAACUUCUACGGGGCCAUGCUGGCCGGCUCCCACCUGUUUGACGUUGUGGAUCUCCACUACCACUUCCGCCACGACCUGGGUCACCGGGUCAAGGACGGCAUCCAUUGGAACAAUGUGGUGCACCGCAGGAUCACCAACCUGCUGCUGGACCACGUGGCAGACGCCUGGGGUGUCGUGAUGCCGGAGAAGAAGCCUCGCGCGGGCAGAGCCUGUCACACGAGCUCAGAUGAGCAUCCCUAUAAGAGCCAAGGAGAGCCUAAGGCUGGCAGGUUAGCUCCAGGCCUGGCGUGCAAGGAUGAGCCUCUUGACUUCCAUCCGGCGGUGACGCCCUUGUUGUCUCCAGUCCGUCGCCGGAGACCUCCCUCGCCGUCUGACCUCCGCAGGACGUACCCCGAUUUCUCCUCGUUCCAGGAUGAUGGCUUCUUCCUUCCCGGCCAUGAGGGGUCACCUGAGCCCUUUGCUGGAUUCACCAGCUUCGAGGACAACGAUCUUCCACCAUUCCACCUGGAUGCUGCGGCGCGUAACAACUUCUGCCGUUUCGAGGAGGCCGACCGGACCCGCUUCUCGGUUUACCCCUCCCACAACGUGGUAAAUAGCCCCCCAAGAUCUCGCAAGGAUCACAGAAGAGUCCGGCGGGUCACUGAGCACCGCCACGGCCUGGUCAUGCGCCGUCGCUCCUUCCACGCCAGAGACACCAGCCCUUACAGGAGAACCCAUGUGCGCUAUCGGUGCUACUGAAGCCAAAUGACCUGGGGGGGGGGGAAAAAGCCGCUGCAGCAGGGAAGGACUGUACCACGUAAAGUCUCUUUUUCUGGCACCAGGCUGCCCGCCAUGCAAUGGUCCGUGUCCUCACGUGACAGGGAGGGUGUGUGGAUAAUGGGCUUGGUUGUUGGCUUACCUAGCCAAAAGGUUUGUUUUACAGGGAUGGCUUGUGGGUUAUGUGGCGUUCGGGUCUUGUUUGCAUCUUGAGGCCGAGAGCAGGUGCAGGAGGAGC